AUGUCCUGGGGCAUCGAUGAUGGUGAUGUAGUACUUGGCAGUCUCGAACUUCCAGAGGGCAAUAUCGAUGGUGAUACCACGUUCACGCUCGGCCUUCAGCUUGUCGAGAACCCAGGCGUACUUGAACGAUCCCUUUCCCAUUUCUUGAGCUUCCUUCUCGAACUUCUCGAUGGUUCUCUUGUCAAUUCCUCCGCACUUGUAGAUCAAGUGUCCAGUGGUGGUGGACUUUCCGGAGUCGACAUGUCCGAUGACAACAAUGUUGAUAUGGACCUUUUCCUUUCCCAUGGCGAUGAACGAUUGAAGGUUGGUUACUGA